AUGAGUCGUUUGCUGGAUUUGCAGGAGUCUUUCGGUACUUUGUUGGCGCGAGCAAUAUCAACAAUACACGAGCAGAAGAUCGUUCUCAAAAAUCUGAAACCUAUAAGUAUUCUGAUUACCGUAAGAGAGCAUAUACCGAAAACAACAGACGAGAAAAUCAAGUCGCUAAACUACCCGUUCCGAUGGCACAUUGGCACCUUUCAUCUACCACGGAAUCAGAGCAGCCAACAGCGGAUUCCAAACCUCAGGAAGAGGGAACCAGUGAAAUGCUGUAUGCAGCGCGCUAUUCGAGCCGCUUUCGAGUAUCAGUACCAUACAAAGGUAGUAGAAUGUGAAGGAGUUCCGACUUUUGGCAUCUGGAAAGUCUGUGACAGUGGUCACUUAGCUACCGCUGCAGAGGAGGAAAAAUGA